AAAAAGAGGGACUUUUCCCUAACAGUUGUACAACCAGGCAAAAGAGCACACCCUCGUCUUCCCUGAAGGGGAGGAAACCUGCAAUAAUGUGAGGUAAUUACAUUUAGCCUUAGAAAAGUCUUUGAAACGUUCUAAUCAAGACUUUCAGCUUUCCGAGUGCGUGCACUUUAUUUUUACAUUCGUCCUGGUCCCGGUUUUGCAUUUCUAAUGAAAGUGAACUGACAAAGCGUGAAAGUGGUCUAAGGAGCAAAACAAAGCCAGCAAGCCUGCUUUUGGUGUGCCAGGAUGAAUCAAUAUUCCGGAGACCUCGGGGUUUCCCCCUCCUACCCUGUGCGGUUUCCAUUCCCCACUCCUCCUUUCCCGGACACAGACUCCUCCCCUUUUCUUAAGUUGCCCUGAGAGUAACUUGCAGUUUCAGAGCACAUGCACAUUGUCAGGGCCAGCCUGCCUGCUCACGCGCGCUGCCGAUUGCUGCUCCGCCGGACCUGCUGGGGAAUUCACCUCGUUACUGCUUUGUAUCUUCACCCCUUACAAAAUCAGAAAAGUUGUGUUUUCUAACACCAAAGAGGAGUUUUGGCUUUCUGUGGGUGAUUCCCAGACACUGAAGUGCAAAGAAGAGACACUCCUAGAAAAGUAAAAUAUGACUAAAACCAAUGGAGAAGAGCCCAAGACGGCGGGCAGGAUGGAGAGAUUCCAGCAGGGAGUCCGUAAACGCACACUUUUGGCAAAGAAGAAAGUACAGAACAUUACAAAGGAGGAUGUUAAAAGUUACCUGUUUCGGAAUGCUUUUGUGCUGCUCACUGUCACCGCUGUCAUUGUGGGUACAAUCCUUGGAUUUGCUCUCCGACCUUACAGAAUGAGCUACAGGGAAGUCAAGUACUUCUCCUUUCCUGGGGAACUUCUGAUGAGGAUGUUACAGAUGCUGGUCUUACCACUUAUCAUCUCCAGUCUUGUCACAGGAAUGGCGGCCCUAGAUAGUAAGGCAUCAGGGAAGAUGGGGAUGCGAGCUGUGGUCUAUUACAUGACUACCACCAUCAUUGCUGUGGUGAUUGGCAUAAUCAUUGUCAUCAUCAUCCAUCCUGGGAAGGGCACAAAGGAAAACAUGCACAGAGAAGGCAAAAUUGUACGAGUAACAGCUGCAGAUGCCUUCCUGGACUUGAUCAGGAACAUGUUUCCUCCAAAUCUGGUAGAAGCCUGCUUUAAACAGUUUAAAACCAACUAUGAGAUGAGAAGCUUUAAAGUGCCCAUCCAGGCCAACGAAACGCUCGUGGGUGCUGUGAUAAACAAUGUGUCUGAGGCCAUGGAGACUCUCACCCGGAUCACAGAGGAGCUGGUCCCAGUUCCAGGAUCUGUGAAUGGAGUCAAUGCCCUGGGACUGGUUGUCUUCUCCAUGUGCUUUGGUUUUGUGAUUGGAAACAUGAAGGAACAGGGGCAGGCCCUGAGAGAGUUCUUUGAUUCUCUUAACGAAGCCAUCAUGAGACUGGUGGCAGUAAUAAUGUGGUACGCCCCUGUGGGCAUCCUCUUCCUGAUUGCUGGGAAGAUUGUGGAGAUGGAAGACAUGGGCGUGAUUGGGGGGCAGCUUGCCAUGUACACCGUGACUGUCAUUGUUGGCUUACUCAUCCACGCAGUCAUCGUCCUGCCUCUCCUCUACUUCUUGGUAACACGAAAAAACCCUUGGGUUUUUAUUGGAGGGUUGCUGCAAGCACUCGUCACUGCCCUGGGAACCUCUUCAAGUUCGGCCACCCUACCCAUCACCUUCAAGUGCCUGGAGGAGAACAAUGGCGUGGACAAGCGUAUCACCAGAUUCGUGCUCCCCGUAGGAGCCACCAUUAACAUGGAUGGGACUGCCCUCUAUGAGGCUUUGGCUGCCAUUUUCAUUGCCCAAGUUAACAACUUUGAACUGAACUUCGGACAGAUUAUUACAAUCAGCAUCACAGCCACAGCUGCCAGUAUUGGGGCAGCUGGAAUCCCUCAGGCGGGCCUGGUCACCAUGGUCAUCGUGCUGACAUCUGUCGGCCUGCCCACGGACGACAUCACGCUCAUCAUUGCGGUGGACUGGUUCCUGGAUCGCCUCCGGACCACCACCAACGUACUGGGAGACUCCCUGGGAGCCGGGAUUGUGGAGCACUUGUCACGGCAUGAACUGAAGAACCGAGAUGUUGAAAUGGGUAACUCAGUGAUUGAAGAGAAUGAAAUGAAGAAACCAUAUCAGCUGAUUGCACAGGACAGUGAAACUGAGAAACCCAUCGACAGUGAAACCAAGAUGUAGACUAACAUAAAGAAAGGCUUUCUUGAGCACCAGGUGUUAAAAACCAUUAUAAAAUCUUUCCAUCUCCUUACAGCUCAUUCUCUCCAGCAAGCCCCUUAUCUCCCCUUUCCUCCCUUCUGAUAAGAUUGGAAAGUAAUCCUUCAAAAAACAAAAGGGAGGAUUCUGCAGUGGCCAAAGUAUAUAAUUUUCAUCCCACAAUUGAAAUUUUUAAAUCAUUUCAUGUUAGUCUUACCUAAGAAGGUACCAAGAUCAAAAAUAGUCUUGAUCAGAUCUUCUAAGAUCAGAUCUUACAAGUUUAUGUGGCACAUAAUCCUGUGAAUAUGAUUUUUUAUAUAAGUUCAAGAAACAAAUAGUAGGCUAAAAACGUUUUAAAAUCAAUUUUUGAAAUUUAAAAAUCUUUAAGAAUACAAUUGAGUUUUAGUUUCAAAAUAUUCACAACUUGAAUUACAACCGGUUAUCAGUUGGACAGUAAGAUUUUGUCCCUUUCUCUUCUGACUGGCAUUCUUAUUUGAUUAGUAGCUCAGUGCACAUACACGUCUGGCACAGCUGUGAGGAGGGGCAGAAGGCACAGUUUUCAUGUGGCCUUGAGUAAGUCACAUCUCACCUCUAGGCCUCAGUGUCCUCAUCUGUAAAAUGAGGGACUUCCCUAGAUGCUUUUGUGGUCUCUUCCAGCCCAGACAUCCUAUGAUGUCAUGAAAGAGCCUGCCCUCUAUUUCCCCUCAGAACACCCUGUGCCAAGUAUCAUCCAUGGAGCAAGGGGGUUCAGAAAGGACACUUUAAUGGGAGUGAACUAAGGACAGGGUGGUUGUGUGUGGUGGUUACCAGGUCCUGUGUCCAAAAUGCAAGUUAUGCAAGUCGCCAGGCAGUAGGCCAUUCCAGGAGUGGGAUUAACCCUUUGCCCAGUUCAUCCCAAAGGGGAAGUAUUCCCUUCCUUCUUACCCUUCCCAAACCGAAGGGACUACUCUGGGAAGAAUGUCUCCCCCCACUCCUCAACUGUUGAUUGAUUUCAAAAACAGAACAGAAGACUAGCAGCUAGCAAGGGUGCUUGUGGUCACACUAUGGAACAGUAAAGAGCUAGGAAAGAGUGGAGCACAGACAACAUUAUCAACAAAGGAUUUUAAAACACCAAGAGUACAGGUCUUCCUUAAGGAAGAAUAAAACAGAAGAGGUUCAAUUUUUUUUUUUUUGGCUUUAUUUCCACCUGAAACACUUUUUCUCUUGAGUCCAAAAUCAUUGCCCCAUGAAGUCUGCCUACCAAAAUAUAAAACCACUUAUAUAUUUGAAAGAAGUCAAAUGAAUGAGCUCUGUAAUAGAAGUCCAUGAGUUGAGUGGAUAGUUUCCUAUUUGAAAGUGUUUUACUUUAAUCAAAAGUCCUUAGAAUGAGAGAAACAAAACAUUUCUUUGUUUUGGAAUCCCGCUUAUCAAAUCAUUCAAAACUUUCAGCCGAAGUGGGUUUGCUUUUGUUUUGUUUGUGUCCAUAAGAUAAAUGGUAGAAGAUGAAUCAGUAUGAAGACACUGUCAAAGAGGUUAUGAGAAAAAACAGCAGGGGCAUUAGUUUCAGGUGAGUCAGCUCCCAGGUUUAGAGAUUAAUUUUUACCCCCUGAGGAAUAUCCAGUCAAAGACGCUGAGUGGGAGCUGUCAGGCAGGAGCAGCUGUGUUGGAGUUUCUGGCUGAAAACGGUGAAGAAUGGACUUAAUUAUGCUAACAGACUGAAAAUCUAGACGUACAGCCCCUGAUCUACAAUUAGAGAUAUUUUUAUAUAGAUCCCAAGGAUUCUGUGUAUAAAAGUUAACAUUAGGCUGUGGUGGAGUAAGCAUUUAAUGUCGAGGCUCUAUUUGGGAAAUACACUACAGAUAUUAAUGUAUGUGGCCAUCAUCUAAAGACACUAGUAGAGCAAAGACUUAAUCCUCUCAACUUAAUUCUGUUACACAGUGUGUGUGUGUUUUUUAAUAUAUAUACUAACCAUUUCUUAUGGAAAGGUCCUCUAGGGAGCCCAUCCUCUCGCCAAGCCAUCACAGGCUCUGCACACACAUGCACUCAGUGUGGACUGGGAAGCAUUACUUUGUAGAUGUAUUUUCAAUAAAGAAAAAAGAAUAGUUUUACAUUAA